UAUCUGCUUCGCGAGCGCUCACUUACGUACUUAGCUGUAUGUCACAUAAGCAAAGUACGCGACGUUCCUUUGACCACGAAAAUGCAAUCGCGUGGGUCCAAUGUGGCGCUUAUGUGCGCGCGUGCGCGUAGCGCAGCGCGAGCAACAACCCUCUCUCCCCGCCGCUACUGCGGGAGCCCAGACCAAGGAAAAGGCAAGAAGGAGAGUCUCAAUCCAGAGAAGGACCCUCUGUGUGCCCUCCUCAUCAUUGACUACUGUGCAGUGAGAGGCGGAGAGUAUCGAUUCCUCAUCGACCUCUUCCAUGCUUGGGAGCCACACAGGAACCUAUCACAGCUACCCAACUUUGCCUUCUCUGUCCCCCUGGCCAUGUUCCAUAGCCAGAACAGGGAGGAGAAGGAGGGAGAGAGUGGCGGAGAGACGGAGGCCAAUAAGAGACUUCAAGAUGCUCUGCUAAUGUUCCCCUGUCUCCUCCCUAUCCUGCUAGACAAGUGUGGUGUCACGCUGGACCCUGCUGUCACCAGUCACUCAUUCUUCAUUGAGAGGGAGCCAAACGGCCUAAAACGCUCUAUGUUGAGAGGAGCCACUCUCUAUGGAAAGAGCCACGACAAAGACCCUCUAAAUACAGACUUCAGGGCCAAAGCAGUCAAGCGCUACAGUAGAGUCCCAAGGAACAUCUAUCGCCACAUUCUCAUCUCUGAUCUGGACCGUGUCGUGUCUGCCCUCCCACCUGUGAGAUAUGUACAUGUGUGUAUAAACCUAUUAGGAGCAAUCCUGUAUGUACCUUAAAUACAUGAAUGUAUACCGAAUUUCUACGGAUUUGCAAUCUCCAAAAGUGCCCGGGUUUCAGUUCCAGAGCCUUUCAAAACCUGCCAAAGUAGCAAAAUUGCCUAAUUCUUUAGGGACAACACUGACAACUGAGACUAAUUGCUUCGUUCCACUCUCCUCUACCCAUCCUCUAGGAUAUGACCCAGACCUCUAUAAACUCCUAUGACCCUCUACCGCCUCCUGCCUCAACUUGUGGCUAUGAAAGACCACAGAUACAACGGGGCCCAGGAGCAGGUGAUGUUGCUGAGAAUCCACUUAUUUUGCUCUUGAGAUCUCUUCUCCCCAACUACAACCACAUGGCUGAGGGUGGCAGGCAGCAGGGAGGAGGAGGAGGAGGAGUAGGGAUUGGUGCCAUGAUCCACAGACACGUUGACAGAGUGAGGCAGUACUACGAGGACUACUACGCCCAGCACGAGGGAGAGGAGAACGUCCCUCCGCCUCCUCCACCUCCUCCAGCGGACCUGCGGAGAGAGAGAAUGAGGGAGCUCCUGGGGGGGUUGGAUGACGUCCACCAAGAUCUGAUGGCGGCCCUCAGGAACAUUGUCGGUGGACUUGCUGCACCCAAUGAACACAGUGACAGUAGUAGCUCUGCUGAUGAAGCUGCAUAAUUUUUUGCGAAAACAGGAA